AUGGAUUAUUAUAUUGAAGACAAUUGUGGAUUUUCAUCAGAGACUAUAACUCUUAAUAAGUCGCAUCCAAUUACUUUGCAUUUAAGUCGACAAACGUUUGAUCAAUACUAUUGUGAUGUAAACCUAACAACGACUGAUGAAAAACUUUAUUUGGAAAUUAAAGGAUUUUUAGGACAAUUAAUAUUUAAUGAAAACAAAUCUAAUGAAAAUCAACUAUACUUUACAUAUAAUUCAAGUCUGGAUGAAGAUAAUAAAAUUUGUAAAAACAUUUUUACAAAUCAGUUGCUGAUUAGUGUCGAUAACAGUAUGAAUUCAGACAUUAAUAAUUUAUCAAAUGAUUUAAUGCCCACAACACUAGUUAUUCAAGCAUUAAAUAGAGACCAAUUGACUGAUUUUGAGGAUACAAGAGAUUGUAUUGAAAGAGACGAAUGUUCGGAUAUAUCUAAUUGUAUGACCACUGAGGAUGGUUCGGGUGGUGUAUCCGAUGACAACAAUACAAUCGACACCAUUACUGAUGUCAACAUUUUGUUGGAUAAUAACAGAAAAAAUGUUAGCAUCAAUUGUAGUGAAGAUGAUAAUGGAUCUGAUUGUCAAAAUAAAGAGUUCAAUAGUAAUACUAAGCCCAUACCUCGGGCCAGCAUUUCAGGUUCAAACACUUGGACUUUAAAUCAAUCGCUAAUACUUUUGGUAAUAAUGAUGGCAUUAAAACAAGUUUUUGUUUAG